AUGGAGAAUAGCAUUAUUCACAACAUGAGGAUGCCCCCGGAGGAGCGAAAUUCGCGAUCGCGGACUGGCUGUCUCGAGUGUCGCAAGAAGCAUAACAAAUGCGACGAGAAGCGGCCUGUCUGUUCCUUUUGUUCACGACGAGAUUUUGACUGCCAGUACCCCUCUGGGCUGAAAUGGGUGCGUCAACAGCAACCGUUGCUGUCGAGACAUCGGGCCCGGCGUAGAAACAAUGCUAGCCACAGAGACGGCGGGGGGCUACUUAGCAGGCUCCCAUCGCUCUUCGUAAACGAUCUCUUUCAAUCUGAUGAGGACAGGCUUGCAUGGGAAUAUUAUAUGAGGCUCGUAUCACCAAAUGUCCCAGCCCUCGAUGGCCCAAAUAAUCCCUACCGGCAGCUGUCUUUCAUCGCUCUAUCAUCUCCGGUCCUACUUGAUACCAUUGUGUGCAUAGCCACGGAGCACAUGCUCAACUUUGGCUUAGGUGAUGUGUCGACGGCAGCACAGCACCAGCAGAGAAUGCUCAGGACCAUUGGCCAGAGCCUCCGGCUGAUUGAAUCAGGACGUACCUGUGAAACAGGAGUAAUUGCAACAACAAACCAUUCUGACCACGAGGCACUUUUCGCCGCUGUCAUCCUUCAAGGCGUCGUAGUGGCCCAGUCGGCCGAUGGAGUUCUAGAACCUCACGUUCGAUGUGCCGCAUUCCUCAUGGAGACUCUACAUCAUUUUCGCCGCGUGCCACAUAAUGCACUUGGGCGAAUGACAGUGCAACGAUUUGCCAUGGUCGACGUGAUGCUUGCCAUCUCCCGGCAACGGCGUCCCUUGUCGCCCAAGGAUUUUGUGCUGCAUCUGCCAGAUGCUGAGCAAUGGGACAAGACGGAGCCGUCGUUUCACGAGAUGACCGGUUGUCCUCAGCCGCUGAUGUGCUUCCUAGUGCGUAUCUCGCAUCUUGCAUGCGAUGUGGACGAUCGAUUGGAAUGUUAUGCGCCCGUUGGUGAUAUUCUCAGCCAGGGGUACAGCCUUGAGAACGAGCUCCGUGCAUGGGGCUCUCAUUAUCCUGGGGCUAUCCUGGAGGGCUGUGUGCGCGCGCCUCUAGACAUCCUUACUGAGUGCUUCUACUGGACUGCGCACCUCCUACUGGCGCGUCGCGUGUUUCGAGAUAACACUCGGUCUUCACGGGUGCAACACCUGGCACGCACGUGUUUUGAACUCAUGGACCAAUUAACUACUGGCUGCGGUCCAGACUCGUCUCUACCACAGCCCUUUUACCUCGCUGCUCGAGAAGCAAUCACUUGCGAGGAUCGGGCGUGGGUACGGCAGAAGCACGAGUCCAUGACCAACUACUAUCGUGAACAGCAGCGCAACAUGGCAAUGCAAAUGACGGAAAGGCUUUGGGAGAUUGAGGACCAACAGAAUAAUGGUUUAACAACCGAUGCAGAUGGACAGAUUAAGUCGCUAGACCGAAGGUCUUGUUUGUUCAUUUUCUGA